AUGGGCGACGACGGCGCGAAGGCGGCCACGACGACGAUCGUGCGCCUGCGGGAGCUGCUGCACAAGUGGGCGCUCGGUGCCAGGGGCGACGCCGACGACGGCGAGGAGGAGGAGGAGACGCACGCGCCGGCGGCGGGGGCGGGGGCGGGAGCGGGAGGUGCGCCGCCGUCGAUCCCGCCGUUCGUGCUGCGGCGGCUGACGAGGACGGUGACGGUGGACUCGGACGACGAGGGCUGCCACAGCCCGGAGGCGGCGCCGGACGUGCCCAGGGGGUACUGCCCGGUGUACGUGGGGCCGGAGCAGCGGCGGUUCGUGAUCCCGACCAGCUAUCUGGGGCACCCCGUCUUCCGGCUCCUCCUGGAGAAGGCCGAGGAGGAGUUCGGGUUCCGGCACGAGGGCGCGCUGGCCAUCCCCUGCGAGACCGAGGCCUUCAAGUACAUACUCCAGUGCGUCGAGCGCCACGACAAGGGCCUCGCCGCCGACGACGUCGACGUCGACGAAGAAGCGAACCUGCUCAGUGUGCUAGAGCCAGCGUCGUCAAUUCGUCAUGUUUCGUAG